AUGCCUCAAAACGAGCAGUCAGUGGAUGAGGCUCCCCAGAGCACCGAAAUAAGCACUAAGGCGCACAAGCGUCAGGUGUAUCGCGAGGAACAAGAGCUGAAGAGAUCACGUCUCAAGACCGUGACUUUCGAUGAUAAAGAGGAGAGCACACAGAUUGACCUCCCAAGGAAACGUUUCUACAGACAGAGGGCCCACUCGAAUCCAUUCUCUGAUCACCAGCUCGAGUAUCCCAACGCACCAAACGAAAUGGACUGGACCAAGCACUAUCCUGCCCACGUCGAUUCGCAAACCGGUGAGUUCACGGGGAAAGUUGAGAUUGCUGAUAUAGGAUGUGGAUUCGGUGGUUUACUUGUUGAUCUCGCUCCUGAGUUCCCAGACAAGUUGAUACUGGGGAUGGAGAUUAGAGUUCAGGUGACACAGUAUGUGGAGGACAGAAUAAUAGCACUAAGGCAGCAGCAUUUGGCCGAGAACAAAUAUCAGAACAUUUCAGUUCUGAGAGGAAAUGCCAUGAAGUUUUUGCCUAACUUUUUUUACAAGUCUCAACUGUCAAAGAUAUUCUUCUGUUUCCCUGAUCCACAUUUCAAGCAGAGAAAGCACAAGGCCAGAAUCGUCACCAACACACUGCUUUCUGAGUACGCCUAUGUGCUUCGCGAGGGAGGUGUUGUCUACACCAUCACGGAUGUUCUUGAUCUCCACGAGUGGAUGGUGGAACACUUGGACGGCCACCCAUUGUUUGAGAGAUUAUCCACCGAGUGGGAGAACCAGGAUGCAUGCGUAAGAAUCAUGAGGGACUCGACCGAAGAAGGAAAGAAGGUAGCACGUAAUAAGGGCAGCAAGUAUGUGGCAUGCUACAGAAGGAUUGCGAAUCCAGAGUUGUAA